AAUUUGUAAAAUAUAAAUUUUGAUUUUGAAUUAGAAAUAUAUGUAGGGUUUGUUGAUUAAGUAGUAAGAGUGUUAUUGUCCAUAUCCAAGAUUUUAUGUUCAAAUCUUGUGCGCUUCACUUUAUAAUUUUUUUCUUCUUUUUUGAUAUAAAAAAUUCACUUGACAAAAGGAGAAAGUAGGUUUCAAGAGACUAAAGUGAGUUGUUCACAUCUAUAAUAGUAAAGAUUAUUAUCAUUAUUUUGUUUUGGCUGUUCUGCAACUUUUUUUUUUUUUGUCAUUAAUAAUAAAUUACCCAAAAAAACCACAUUCAGUUACUUGUCAAGAUCUAAUGACAAGUGACCAAAACUUUGGGCUGUGCUGGUUGAUACAAGAAUGAAGGGAAAAUAUUUGGGUUAAUCAUAUUACUUGAUGCGAAAACGGUUUGGAUCAGAUGCUUAAAUUACAAGUCUCGUCUGGAAAACCUCUCGUCAAUUAAGAAGUUACUAGAGUUUCUCAAUAUUUAUCCACACUUCAAAUUCCUAGGCUUUUAAGAUGUUAACCUCAAGAUAGAUGAACAGAGAGAACUUUUGUUUUUGGUGUGUCUACACAGUGUUGAGCAUGAGUCCUUAUAUAGGCAUAUAUGGCAAACCAUGUGUACCUUAUAGUUAGGCCACACCAUGUGUACGUGUACCACAUAUCCAAGACCAUGUAUCUCUCAUGGUUCGGCUAUGUGUGGAUAGAUCAUGUGUAUCAUGUAACCUUCAAAGUUAGGUCACACAUGUGUACCACGUGGUUUUCAACAUAUGAUUUCGAACAAAGGUCAAGUUUAUUGAUGAAGUGAUUACCAAAUACCAAUAUUGAUAAACUAUACAUGUAUAAGCAAAAUUAUGUGAAUAAUUGUCAUGUGUUUAUUAGAUUAUAAUAUAUAGAUGGAACUUUGGUAGCACAGUCCGAGUUUUCUAUGGAGCCCACUGCAUGGCCUUUUCCAUUUGGCAGGCACCUUACCACACUGCAAAUAGGUUAUCAACAACUUACAUAUUCAAAAUAAAUAAAAAGUAUAUUUACAACAAUUUAUUUAUAAUUUGAUACCUUUAGAUCAGAUUGUUUUUAAGUAUUUUUCUGAAUUGUGUUUUUUAGGUAUGUAACGUAACAUUUCUGUAUACACUCGACCUAGAAAAACAAUAAAGUGCGUGUCUACAGGAAACUCCAAGUUUUGAUUGUGAAUGGGCAUUUUUGUGUUCACAAGAAGAAAAAGGAUUGGUUUAGCCGUGCAGGCAAUGUAGUUUAUUGUGAAAUGGCAUCCAAGAGUCGUUCUAGCUUUAAUACAUCGGCGUUACCAGUCAGCUUGUUUGCGCAUGUGGUAGCCAUAGCGGUCAUUACCCUUGUGCUUGUAUGGCUUCUACACUUCCGGGAGGGCCUUGCUUUCAAAUCCAUCGACAAACAGAAGAUUUUUAAUCUGCACCCACUUUUUAUGGUGAUUGGGUUUCUUAUAUUUUCUGGAGAAGCUAUCAUGGCAUACAAGACAGUCCCAGGAACAAGAAAGGCACAGAAACUAGUUCAUCUUAUAUUGCAUUUCAUCGCUCUUCUUGCUGGAAUCGUGGGGAUUUAUGCAGUGUUUAAGUAUCACCAUGAGACUUUCAAUAUAGACAUGUAUACCUUGCACUCAUGGAUCGGCAUGUCCACCAUCUGCUUAUUUGGUCUUCAGUGGUUCCUUGGGUUCUUCUCCUUCUGCUAUCCUAAAGCAGAAACAGGGGCAAGGUCUAGGCUCGCACCAUGGCACGUAUUCUUUGGGCUUGUCAUCUUCUUCAUGGCAAUUUUGACAGCUGAGACCGGUUUGAUGGAGAAAUUCCAUUUCUUAAAGCUUCAUCGCGGCCAAGAGGCACUAAUUGUAAACUUCACUGGACUGUUAAUACUUGUCUUUGCAGUCUCUGUUGGGCUCACCGUUCUCCUUCCGCGAGGUUAUAACUAGACAAAGUUGAAGAUCUUUCUAUGUUCAUGGUGUAUAACUUAAUUUAAAAAAUUACAUUUGUUGUUCAUUCGAUUGUAGUAGGAGAAUGUUUCAUAAUCAAUAUAAAACAAGAUUGUUAAAAUGUCUUUGAUUUAUAACUGUAAGGAGAGAUAUACUAUUUCUAAUUAUUUUCUUCAAUGAAUUGUACUGUGCUCCACAACUGGCGACUUAUUGAUGCCAUGUAGCUACAACCUUAUAUUUAAGGUUGACCACUUUUAGCUUUAGAAAUAAAGGUACUCUAACAAUGA